UCUCGCUCGCAACAAUUACUGACUCAAAAAAUAGCUUUUUAUGUGUUAUUUGUUGGAAAAAUGAACAACGUGCCCUUGAACGACAUCAAACUUGAGCCUGAAUUCAUCAUAAGUCACCAAGGAAACGGAAAAAACAUGGAACACGAAUCAGAGGAAUAUUUACAUUAUAACACUUUUGAUCGGGACCUGAAGCUUUUGGAGGCGUACAAAACGUUACCAGUAUUGUACGACAGAGAACAUCCCGAUUUUCGAUUUGCAUCACGCAAGGAGAACGCUUGGCGACAAUUGAGCAAGGACACGGGAAUUCCCCUCGAAACAUGUCGUAAACGCAUUACCUACAUUCGAGCAAGAUUCACUGUCGAACGACGACUCAUCAAGAAUGGGCAAAAUUCAGAUUGGCCUCUCAUGGAACGCCUAAAAUUCCUGCACAAACACAUACAAAUGCGUCGACUGCGAGACGAUAACAACGAUUGUGAAAUCGAUCUUGACGAUGAAAAUAACCAGGCAUCAAGUACCUCAUUCUCACAAUCCAUGAAUAAUUCCCUGAAACGGGCAUUUUUGGAUGUUAACGAUUCGCAUUUGCAAGAUGUUCGUCCUACAAAACGCCAACAAGUACAACAGCCGCCCCAAAUGGAUGAUUUUGAGGGACAUACAACGCUUUCGCCAACUCCCUUUGGACAUCACAUGCCCAUAAUCCCCGAAGUUUCGACAAAUCCGGAUCUUCAUCGCGAUAAACAUGCCAUUUUCGGAGAAUACGUUGCUGAAGUACUUCGUAAACUGCCGAAAGCAAUGCAACCACAAACGACGCUCAAAUUGAUGAAUGUGAUGAUCGAGGCACAAGAAGAAGAAUUGAGUCAAGAAAAGGCGACAAAUAAUUUGCAACAAGCAACAAACACAUCAACCACAGAAAACGGAGGAAAAUUAUAAAACCAAAUUCGAACCAAAGAAUAUUUUGUACAAGAACUGCAUUUUUUAUAGACGAAGCAAUUGAUUUCCAUAACAAAGCAAUUACCAAUUUUACCAAAAGAAGAAAGAUGAAAAACAAAAAUAUGAAGAAAGAGAGCAUUUUACAGUAUUUCUAUUAUUUACAUAAAGUUUUUUUGUGUUUUGAGUGUUUUAUUUAGUAGUAUGAGUUUUAUUUUUAUAUCACCCUUAAAAACAAAAUAAUUUUUAAAAAGU